GGGCUUUUGUGCUCUCUCUCACUAGUUUCAUUUCGUUUCGCCGACUGUUCAACAACCGAACUCUAAUCAAAUCCACCGAAAUAUCAGAGCAGCAGCGCGGCAGCGAAAGGAGAUGUUGAGGGACGAGUCGACCUGCAAUACCUACAACUAUGGCGACGCCCUCUACUGGGACGCCCGCUACGUCCAAGAAGGUGGCGCCUUCGACUGGUACCAGCGCUACUCUUCUCUCCGCCCUUUCGUCCGCCACUUCAUCCCCACCUCCUCUCCUGUUCUCAUGGUCGGCUGCGGCAAUGCCGUUAUGUCCGAGGACAUGGUCAAGGAUGGAUAUGAAGACAUAAUGAACAUUGACAUUUCGUCAGUGGCUAUCAACAUGAUGAAAAGAAAAUAUGAGCACAUACCUCAGCUGAAAUACAUGCAAAUGGAUGUCAGAGAUAUGAGUUUCUUUCCAGAUGAAUCAUUUGAUGGUGUCAUUGAUAAAGGAACUCUUGAUUCACUAAUGUGUGGCAACGAUGCUCCAAUUAGCUGCUCAAUGCUCGGGGAAGUGAGCAGGCUUCUUAAACCCGGAGGGAUCUAUAUGUUGAUAACCUAUGGUGAUCCUACAGUAAGAAUGCCUCAUUUGAGCCGGCCAGUGUACAACUGGAAAGUCCGUUUGUAUGUUAUACCCAGACCAGGAUUCCAAACGCCUGAAGGCUGUGGUUCGUCAACAAAGUCAGAUUUGGAACCUGUUCCUAUCACUGAGAAGGGCUUACUUCCGGCUGAUUUUGUUUUGGAAGAUCCAGAUUGUCACUUCAUAUAUGUGUGUAAAAAGGACGAUGCGGAGCUAAGUAAUCCACCAACUGAUGGAUUGAGUCGAUUGACAGUUGAUGGCUUAUAGUAAUUACUUGCAGUGCAGUGAAACACCGAUGAAGGUACCUCGUGCCCUGUAUACUAGCAUUCAAAUGCUUAUCGUCGUCAUUUGUAUGAUUAAUUGUUGUACCACCUGCUAAUUGUGAUCGUGGUUGGGGUGUCUGUAAGAGAGAGGAUUUUGUUCAAUGUAUCUGCCUAGAUCUUUGGCAUGAAAAUCUAAAACAAAUAACUCAAUGAAACAAAAGCCUCCAUGGACACAUUGGUUGGCCCCAUCCUUUGAUUUAUUGUAUUGUAUCAGUCAACACUGAAGUAGCUACCAUGAACAAUUACAAAAUAAAUCGUGAUAUUAGUUUAUUUUUUGGAACA